AUGUCGACAGCCUCACGACUGUCAUGGGGUGCCACCCAGCGCCUACGAAGUAGCACAAAGAGCGAGACGAGGUCGCGAGCCGACUCCAGAGCCCAACACACCGUCGUUGAUCACGAGGACGCUCGCAGCUUCGCUCUCCGUACCGCCUAUCUACACUACCUCUUGCAGCCCAAGGCCAAGAAGAAGCAAUACGUCUCAGCCCCAAAGCCCGCGCCCCGUUCGCAGACCAGCAUAGGGCAGCUGAUCCAAGAAUAUGGCUCGGGCAAUUCAUCGAGCCUGAAGUUGCCGCACAACUUCAGUGCCAUCAUCCUUGCCCGCGUCGGCGGCGUCGUCAAGGGCCAGGAGCGCCUGCCUGGAUUCAACGAUGCGGCCGUCAAGAGGAGUUUCGCCGAGGUCUACACGGCAUUCUCCGACCCCAGCUUCCGUAAGAGCAUCGACAGAGAGAGGAAGUUCGAGCCCCUCGUCCUCAUCUUCUACUCGCGCGCCACCGAGGCCGCCAAGAAGGGUUGCGCCCCAGACGACGACUCGUGGAAGCUCAUCCCAGACCGUCAUCUAGCUUUAUUCGUCCGUCUCACUCUCAAGACUCUCCGGGACCAUGGCCACGAUAAGGACAAACCCGAGCUUGCCUCGCGUCUCUCCACUCUCGAGAACAAGCUGCUCACAAACGACCAGAACCUGGUCGGUGGCAGCUCCGACAGCACCGGCGGCACUAUCGAGGUCGCCGUGCCCCUGAGCUACGAGGUCAAGGACAUGCCCCUCGUCCAGGUCGUUGCUGCAAUCUUUGGCCUCAGCCUCUCCGACGUCCAGGCUGAGAUCAACGAAAACCGCCAGACCUGGACUGAGGAAGCCGCUCUUAGAGACCUCAAAUCCUACCAGCUGCGUCUCAGCGCCAACAUGCCCGGGGCCUUGGGUAGCCAAGACUUUGACAUUGAUGAGUCCUUUGACGAAUGGAAGAAGUCAGAGGGACCCUGUCUGUCAGCCAUGAUGCUCGACAUCCUGACUGCUAAGCCCCUCCUGGCUAGGACUUCGACUGGUCCCACUGUACCUAGUAGGCCACAGUCUAUGGUCAGUGAUGACCAGGUGUAUGCAGAGCUUGGUAGGGCCCUCUCCAACGCCAGUAAUGGAGGUCCAGCUAUCGACCCUAGUCUGAACCUUGGCUCCCUGGCCAUCGGUGACAGGAGUAGCAUCAGGACCGUUGAAGCACACAUCUAUACAUUUAUCCCCCCUGACCCAAGGGCAUUUUACAAGUAUAUCCUCCAGCAGGCCAUGACUUUUGACCAGCUCCAUGCCGACCCGGAGCUUGACUACCAACCGCUCUCGAAGCAAUCUGUGGAGCUUCUGGCUGACCUGUCAGUGCGGUGGCGCGUCCCGCAGUCUUCGCGACUCAUCUGCCUUCUUGAGGUGGCCGCUCGAAAAUUCAUGGACCAGGAGAUCAUUCCCGAAGAGUUGGAUGCCGUCUUCGACUGCGUCAAGGGCCCGCAGCCUGAGCUGAAGAAGCCGCCUCACAUCCACGGUUUCUCGACCCCACUUAACGAGAUUGAAACAAGCCGGUGGACCAUUCACGACCUGGCGGCCUACCAGCACACCCUGUAUAGCCUGUACGACGCAAUUCUCCGUGAGCUUUACAACCUUAUGGAGAAGUGCUACGACGCCAAGGCCCCGCAGAUGGGCCCGGUAAUGUUUAUACUUGAGAACCACAUCACAAACGAUCCGACAUUCUCACCCAGGCCCGAGACGGCCAGCGAAUUCGCCGAGCAGCUUUCCCAGCGUCUUCGCCAGAGAGCCGUCGACGUGUACCGGGAGUACAUGCAGAAAGAAAUACCGGUGUAUAAGGAGGAUUGGGAGUUUGGGCACGUGGUCAAGCUGGGCAAGUCGGUGACAAAACUAUGCGACCGGAUCCGCAAGCGGUUUCAGAAGAUGCCCGAGAUCAUGGGCGUGGAUCCGCUAGAGAUACUGGUCGAGGAGGUUUUCCCCAGCUUUGAGGAGGACGCCAACGCCAUCCUCCAGGCCAUCAUGCUGAGGGUGCAGGACGAGGGCGGCGAGAUCGACAUCCAGGACGGCUUCGAUCUGUACCAGGAGCUGGUGGAGAUACGCCGAAUCCACGAGCGCUCGCUGCCGUCCGAUCACCCCUUUGCCUUUGAUAUUGAGACGCUCCUCGUCGACUUUGUGUGGCGCUGGAUCCGCAUCGCUGAGGGUCGUAUGGUCGACUACGUCGACGAAGCCAUCAAGCAGGACCAGUUCCAGGUGCGUUCCGAGCACCCAGGCCAGAUCACCAUGGACUCUGAGAGACAUAGUGUGUCGAUCAUUGACCUGUUCAUGCUAUUCAACCAGACGCGCGAUCAGGUGGACAAGCUCGAGUGGAACAACGAGCUCCACGUGGCCCGCUUCAGGACUGCCCUGGCCAAGAGCUUUUCUGCCGGCAUAGGACACUACUGCGAGGUUGUCGAGCAGAAGUUUGCUCACGAGAUGGAUCGUCCCUCAGCCGAGGAGCUGGCCACGCAGUCCAUGUCUACCCAGGAGAAGUGGAUGCAGCUUGCCAAGGAUGCAUGGAACAAUAAAGAGAAGGCAGAACCAUUUCAAUUCUACCCCGAGUCAUUCGUCAAGCUCAACAAUAUCGAAUACGCCAUGCAAGAGUUUGACAAACUAGAGAAGAAGAUGAACCCAGACUACUGUGCAACGCUCAUCGAAAAGGCCGACGCCAGCGCUAGCAAGAAGCGUAGCAAGAAGCAGCCCAGCAAGUACACCUUCACCAUCAAAGUCAUAGAGGCCGAGGAUCUCAAGGCAUGCGACUCGUCAGGGUUUAGUGACCCAUACGUCGUGUUCGGCGACGAGUACCAGAAGCGGUUGUACAAGACGCGCAUCAUCCACCGCAACCUCAAUCCCCGGUGGGACGAGUCGUUUGACGUGACGGUCCAGGGACCCGUCAACAUGAUUGCCACGAUCUGGGACUACGACACGUUUGGCGAUCACGACUAUGUCGGCAGGACGUCGCUCAAGCUGGACCCCUUCCACUUUAGGGACUACCUACCCCGCGAGUUCUGGCUCGAUCUCGACUCUCAAGGCCGCAUACUCAUUCGCGUCAGCAUGGAGGGCGAGAGGGACGACAUUCACUUCCACUUUGGCAGGGCAUUCAGGCACCUCAAGCGGACGGAGAGGGACAUGGUUCGCAAGAUUACAGACAAGCUCACAAGCCAAAUCAGCGCAACGCUGUCACACAACACGCUGCGAAGCCUACUGGGCACAGGCAGCAUCGGGGCGGCAAUGACGGGAUACUGGAAGAAGCGCACGUCGACGAUGCCGGUAGUGACAACGGCACAGAUCGAAGGCGUGUUGACACCACUCUUCGAGUACUUUGACGACAACUUUGCCAUUAUGAAGCAGACGCUGACCGACCAGACCAUGAUUGCUGUCAUGACGCGUCUAUGGAAGGAAGUCCUCAUGACGAUUGAGAACCUGGUGGUGCCGCCCCUGUCGGAAAAACCAUCGAUGCAGAAGCCACUGGCGAGUAAAGAGCUGGACAUUGUGUACCACUGGCUGCAGAAGCUGUUCGAGUUCUUCAACGCCAAGGACGAGGUGACGGGCGAGCAGGAGGGCGUGCCCGAGAGCGUUCUCAAGUCGCCCAAGUGGCAUGAGCUCAAGUCGGUCAACUACUGGUACUUUGAAGACACCAACAUGCUCAUACGCGAGUCAGAGCGCAUGGCAGCGGCGACGGCGCAAAGGGCACAGCAGGCCCUCCAACAGCAGCAGCAGCAGCAACAAUCAUCGCGUCCCGAGUCUAUGUCACACGCGCACCCGCCCGCGAGUGCAUCCCCCGGCAUGGUGGCAAUGGGUGGGUUCGCGAGCAUGGGGACCAUCCGCCGCGGCAAGAGCAUAUUCAUGUCCCGCAACUUAGGAACGAUGCGUAAAGCCAAGGAGGAAAAGUGGCGCGAGGCACAGGCCGACCCCAGCGACGACGUGAUCUUGCGCAUCUUGCGUAUGAGGCCCGAGGCUGCGGGCUACCUCAAGGAGAGGCACCGUCAGAAGGAGAGGCAGGCUGCUACGGCGGCAGCGGCAUUGAUUGUCAAGAACAGUGUUAAUCAAGGGUGGAAUGCUGGAGGGCACAGCCGUGGGGCGUCAUCGUUGGCGAGAAAUGCCCUUCCCAAGAGGUGA